ACCAUGUCAGUGUGACAACUGAUCGGGUGAACGAUGCACCACUAACCACCAUGGAAACAAGGAAAAAUAAAGCCAGCUCACAGGAUCUCUCUUCACUGGAUUGAGAGCCUCAGCCUGCCGACUGAGAAAAAGAGUUCCAGGAAAAAGAAGGAAUCCUGGCUGCAGCCUCCUGCCUUCCUUUAUAUUUUAAAAUACAGAGAUAAGAUUGCGUGCAUGUGUGCAUAUCUAUAGCACAUAUUUGUGCACACUUUGUUACACAGACACACAAAUGCACCUAUUUAUACCGGGCAAGAACACAACCAUGUGAUUAUCUCAACCAAGGAACUGAGGAAUCCAGCACGCAGGGACAUCGGAGGUGGGCUAGCACUGAAACUGCUUUUCAAGAAGAGGAAGAGGAGGAGAAAGAGAAAGAAGAGGAAGAUGUUGGGCAACAUUUAUUUAACAUGCUCCACAGCCUGGACCCUGGCAUCGUGCUGCUAUUCCUGCAAAUACUGAACAAGCAUGGGAUUUGAAUAUUAUACUUCUAAAUAAAUGAAUUACUCAGUCUCCUAUGACCAUCUAUACAUACUCUACCUUCAAAAAGUACAUCAAUAUUAUAUCAUUAAGGAAAUAGUAACCUUCUCUUCUCCAAUAUGCAUGACAUUUUUGGACAAUGCAAUUGUGGCACUGGCACUUAUUUCAGUGAAGAAAAACUUUGUGGUUCUAUGGCAUUCAUCAUUUGACAAAUGCAAGCAUCUUCCUUAUCAAUCAGCUCCUAUUGACCUUACUAGCACUGACUGUGGAAUCCUUAAGGGCCCAUUACAUUUCUGAAGAAGAAAGCUAAGAUGAAGGACAUGCCACUCCGAAUUCAUGUGCUACUUGGCCUAGCUAUCACUACACUAGUACAAGCUGUAGAUAAAAAAGUGGAUUGUCCACAGUUAUGUACGUGUGAAAUCAGGCCUUGGUUUACACCCAGAUCCAUUUAUAUGGAAGCAUCUACAGUGGAUUGUAAUGAUUUAGGUCUUUUAACUUUCCCAGCCAGAUUGCCUGCUAACACACAGAUUCUGCUCCUACAGACUAACAAUAUUGCAAAAAUUGAAUACUCCACAGACUUUCCAGUAAACCUUACUGGCCUGGAUUUAUCUCAAAACAAUUUAUCUUCAGUCACCAACAUUAAUGUAAAAAAGAUGCCUCAGCUCCUUUCUGUGUACCUAGAGGAAAACAAACUUACUGAACUGCCUGAAAAAUGUCUGUCUGAACUGAGCAACUUACAAGAACUCUAUAUUAAUCACAAUUUGCUUUCUACAAUUUCACCUGGAGCCUUUAUUGGCCUACAUAAUCUUCUUCGACUUCAUCUCAAUUCAAAUAGAUUGCAGAUGAUCAACAGUAAGUGGUUUGAUGCUCUUCCAAAUCUAGAGAUUCUGAUGAUUGGGGAAAAUCCAAUCAUCAGAAUCAAAGACAUGAACUUUAAGCCUCUUAUCAAUCUUCGCAGCCUGGUUAUAGCUGGUAUAAACCUCACAGAAAUACCAGAUAAUGCCUUGGUUGGACUUGAAAACUUAGAAAGCAUCUCUUUUUAUGACAACAGGCUUAUUAAAGUACCCCAUGUUGCUCUUCAAAAAGUUGUAAACCUCAAAUUUUUGGAUCUAAAUAAAAAUCCUAUUAAUAGAAUACGAAGGGGUGAUUUUAGCAAUAUGCUACACUUAAAAGAAUUGGGGAUAAAUAAUAUGCCUGAGCUGAUUUCCAUCGAUAGUCUUGCUGUGGAUAACUUGCCAGAUUUAAGAAAAAUAGAAGCUACUAACAACCCUAGAUUGUCUUACAUUCACCCCAAUGCAUUUUUCAGACUCCCCAAGCUGGAAUCACUCAUGCUGAACAGCAAUGCUCUCAGUGCCCUCUACCAUGGUACCAUUGAGUCUCUGCCAAACCUCAAGGAAAUCAGCAUACACAGUAACCCCAUCAGGUGUGACUGUGUCAUCCGUUGGAUUAAUAUGAACAAAACCAACAUUCGAUUCAUGGAGCCAGAUUCACUGUUUUGCGUGGACCCACCUGAAUUCCAAGGUCAGAAUGUUCGGCAAGUGCAUUUCAGGGACAUGAUGGAAAUUUGUCUCCCUCUUAUAGCUCCUGAGAGCUUUCCUUCUCAUCUAAAUGUAGAAGCUGGGAGCUAUGUUUCCUUUCACUGUAGAGCUACUGCAGAACCACAGCCUGAAAUCUACUGGAUAACACCUUCUGGUCAAAAACUCUUGCCUAAUACCCUGACAGACAAGUUCUAUGUCCAUUCUGAAGGAACACUAGAUAUAAAUGGCAUAACUCCCAAAGAAGGGGGUUUAUAUACUUGUAUAGCAACUAACCUAGUUGGCGCUGACUUGAAGUCUGUUAUGAUCAAGGUGGAUGGAUCUUUUCCACAGGAUAACAAUGGCUCUUUGAAUAUUAAAAUAAGAGAUAUUCAGGCCAAUUCAGUUUUGGUGUCCUGGAAAGCAAGUUCUAAAAUUCUCAAAUCUAGUGUUAAAUGGACAGCCUUUGUCAAGACUGAAAAUUCUAAUGCCGCGCAAAGUGCUCGAAUACCAUCUGAUGUCAAGGUAUAUAAUCUUACUCAUCUGAAUCCAUCAACUGAGUAUAAAAUUUGUAUUGAUAUUCCCACCAUCUAUCAGAAAAACAGAAAAAAAUGUGUAAAUGUCACCACCAAAGGUUUGGACCCUGAUCAAAAAGAGUAUGAAAAGAGUAAUACCACAACACUUAUGGUCUGUCUUGGAGGCCUUCUGGGGAUUAUUGGUGUGAUAUGUCUUAUCAGCUGCCUCUCUCCAGAAAUGAACUGUGAUGGUGGACACAGCUAUGUGAGGAAUUACUUACAGAAACCAACCUUUGCAUUAGGUGAGCUUUAUCCUCCUCUGAUAAAUCUCUGGGAAGCAGGAAAAGAAAAAAGUACAUCACUGAAAGUAAAAGCAACUGUUAUAGGUUUACCAACAAAUAUGUCCUAAAAACCACCAACUAAAUCUACUCCAAAAAUGAACAACAAAAAAAGUGAAAGACUGCAGUUGUGCUAAAAACAAAACAAAAAAAAAGUAAAGAAAGAUUACUUUUGAGAGAGAAGUUUAAGCUUCACCAACGCUGCUCCUGACCAAUGGAAAUAUGUACAACUUCAGCAUUUUAGGUAACUGGCUUCAAGGGGUACUGUGGCAACCAAAUAAAAUAACUCCAUUUUCUAAAACUUUCAUGUAACUUUUAUGUCUGGACUACAGUUAAAGUGGACAAAAACAUUUCUGUAUUUUUUUUAAGUAUAUAAGAGUAGUUGAACUGAGCAAUACUUCCUCCUGUGUUGUAUUACACAUAUUAGCCACGAGUUUUUGCAGUGACCAGAUAAACUUGAAUUGACACGUGGUGUAAUAAAAUGGACAAAUUCUGUAGAGUAGACACAGUGAGUAUGUGGACCUCUUUUAUAAGGAAAAAUACAUUUUGGAUUAAAAUCAAUUGCUUUUGUCUUGUUUUGUUUCUAAAUAAAGAAUAAUUUCUGGGAAA